CCCAAGGCAGGGAACUGGGAGGGCCUGACCAGAGGCCUGGGGUGCCAGAGCCAGACCCAGAGGUAAAAAGCAGGGAGCAAAUCCCUGGCUCCCCAGUCCCCAAAGUAGGGACAAGUAGGGCGAAGGAGAUUGGAUUUCUGCAACACAAAGGAGCUGACCCCAGUGAUCCUGACUUCAGCUCCAGCAGCCACCCCUCCCCUGGGCUGGGUCAUGCGCUGCCCCAAGUGCCUUCUCUGCCUGUCAGCACUGCUCACGCUCCUGGGCCUCAAAGUGUACAUCGAGUGGACAUCAGAGUCUCAGCUGAGCAAGGCCUACCCGGGACCCCAGGGCACCCUGCCAGUCCUCACACCCACCAGUCCUGAGCCCACCCUGCCGGCUAACCUCUCGGCCCGUCUGGGCCAGACUGGCCCACUGUCCUCGGCUUACUGGAACCAGCAACAGUGGCGGUUGAGAGCUCUGCCCAGUGGAGACAGCACUGAGGCAGGGGGCUGCAGGGCUUGGGGAGCUGCUGCUGCCUCUGAAAUACCUGAUUUCACCUCCUACCCCAUGGACCUUCGCCGCUUCUUGCUGUCAGCAGCUUGCCGGAGCUUCUCUCGGUGGCUGCCUGACGGUGACAGUGGCCAAGUGCCCAGCUGUGAGGAAACCGGCACCCCCUACCUGCUGUUGGCUGUCAAGUCAGAACCAGGGCACUUUGCCGAACGACAGGCUGUGAGGGAGACCUGGGGUGGUCCCGCCCCUGGAAUUCGGCUGCUCUUCCUUCUAGGGUCUCCAGUGGGUGAGGGAGGCCCUGACCUAGGCCCGCUGGUGGCCUGGGAGAGCCACCGUUAUAGUGACCUGCUGCUCUGGGACUUCUUGGAUGUUCCCUUCAACGAGACACUCAAGGACCUGCUGCUGCUAUCCUGGCUCGUCCACCACUGCCCCAGCGUGAGCUUUGUCCUACAAGCUCAGGAUGAUGCCUUUGUGCACACUCCUGCCCUGCUUGACUACUUGCGGGCCCUGCCACCCAGCUGGGCCCGAGGCCUCUACCUGGGUGAGGUCUUUACCCAGGCCAAGCCCCUCCGGAAGCCCGGAGGACCCUUCUACAUGCCUGGAUCCUUCUUUGAAGGUGACUACCCAGCUUACGCCAGCGGGGGUGGCUACAUCAUCGCUGGGCGCCUGGCACCCUGGCUGCUGCAGGCGGCAGCCCGUGUGGCACCGUUUCCCUUCAACGACGUCUACAUUGGCUUGUGUGUCCGUGCUCUAGGCCUGGUGCCCAGGGCCCACAAAGGCUUCCUCACAGCCUGGCCAGCAGACCGCAUGGCUGACCCCUGCACUCUCCGGGACCUGCUGCUGGUGCGACCCCUCAGACCCCAGGACAGCAUCGGGCUCUGGAAACACCUGCAGGACCCACAGCUCCACUGCUGAGCCUCAGUGGGGUCAGAAGGGGAGGGCAGACCUGGCCUGGGCCCUGGGCAGGGCCUUGGUGCCUGCCCCUUGCCCAGCCUCUCUGAGGCCUCAGUGUGAGGGAGAAGGUCCUGGAAACAUAGAUGUUUGAGCUCCUCCUGGGCCAGCUCGGGCUAUGGGACUGGGCAGCAGAAGGCAGAAGACUGUUUUUGUUUUUGAAAAACAUGCACUCUCCACUCUGAGGCCUGGAGUUGUCCUUGCGCCUGGGGGGCCUGAGAAGUUACGAGGGCAGAGUUCAGCCAACCACACGCUGCAUACCCUGCCCUUUAUACCAGACACCCCCUGCCCAUCCUUACUAGAUAGGCCAGCUCCAACAGCCUCCUGGUCAACUUGCUGGACACAAGGUUUGCCUCACCCCGUGGGAGAGCCGGA